CGAAAGUGUAGCUUUUGGCUCUUUUCAGCUGCUUUCAAGGAAAAGCGGCCGCGCGGUCACGUGGAGUUCAUAAAUACGGCUUUGAAGUAUAUCAAAGAAUAUGGCAUACAUAAAGAUUUGGAUGUUUACAAAGCAUUGCUGAAUGUCUUUCCUAAAGGAAAAAUGAUCCCUCAAAACGCAUUUCAGAGGAUAUUCUUGCACUACCCCGUACAGCAGAAUUGCUGUGUCAAAGUUCUCGACGAAAUGGAAUGGAAUGGUGUGUGGGUUGUAGCCUUAUUCAUCUGGUAA